AUGAAUAGUUCAUUAAGCUUCCGUUUAAAUGCAAGUCCAAUUUGUCUCAUUUGUUUACUAUGUGAAAAUACUUAUGAUUGGCACCGACAUUUCCGACCUUUCCGAACAAUCCGACAGUGCUGA